AGGGCGGAGAGAUUGUGUGUAUGUGUGUGUGUUUGUGUGUGUACGUGUACGCGGUAGUUGUUGAGUGUCAGGCCGGGAAGGCGACGCUGACAGCGGCAGUCCGCCUCAGGCUUUCCAUGGACGGUCAGGUCAGGUCAGGUCAGGUCAGGUCCGGUUUGGUUCGGUUCGGUUCGGUUCGCUAGUUAUCUAGCUGGUUAGGGGGACCGGUCCACCUGUCCUUAUCCUGUCAUCUAAUACUGCAGAGCCGACAUUACUAACACCUGAACACACUCACACUCACACACACACACACACACACACACAAUCACAAUGAGGGGUUUAAUAUUAAGCUUACACUGAUGAUGAUGAUGCUGAUGCUGAUGUCGUUCCACAAAGGUCAGCGCAAGGCCUAAGUCAUGAACACGGUCACCCCCGGCGCCGCUCAGUACAUGAGGGGCGGGGCUCUUCACAACGACCUCGUCGAUGGGAGGAGACUCACACCCCCACCUUCUUCGCCGCAGGUCCCGGAGACAAGGGGGCAUUUCGGUAACGGGUCACUUGGCGACGGGGCCGGAGAGCCGGACGAGGUGGAUAAGCUGAAGCUGAAGCUGAGGUCGGCGUGGAACAACGUCAAAUACGGAUGGUCGGUCAAAAGCAAAACGGUCUUCAACAAAACGUCCCCGCUGAUCCUGAUGGGACAGUCCUUCAUACUCAACAGUGAAGAGGAAGUGGAGCGUUUCCGGCUGGCGUUUGGCUCGCGGGUGUGGCUCACCUACAGGAAGGAGUUUCCUCAGCUGGACGGCUCGAACCUGACGUCGGAUUGCGGGUGGGGCUGCAUGCUGCGCAGCGGACAGAUGCUUCUCGCUCAGGGGCUCAUGCUCCAUCACCUGCCUCGAAACUGGAGAUGGCCCGACUGUCCUCAGCUAACUGACGUGGAUUUCGAGGUGCUUAGACCUCGCUCUCCGUCUCGUCCCUCCGGAAUCUCCAUGCCCUCCUUCAGCUCUACAUGGAGCGCAUCGGGAUCCAAGAAACGCGUGUCAUCCAGCAAUUUAAAAGGAGACGAUUCGCAGACGGAAAGCCGGCACCGCAGGCUGGUGUCGUGGUUCGGAGACGAGCCGGCUGCACCUUUCGGGGUUCACCGGCUGGUCGAGCUGGGCAAGGACUCGGGGAAGAAGGCGGGGGACUGGUACGGACCGUCGCUCGUCGCACACAUCCUGCGAAAAGCUGUGGAUAAGAACACGGAGUUCGACGAUCUGGUCGUGUAUGUGGCUCAGGACUGCACAGUGUAUAAAGGGGACGUGAUGCAGCUGUGUGAGCAGACGUCCCCGGAUUCCCGCUGGAAGUCUGCCAUCAUCCUGGUCCCGGUUCGACUUGGAGGAGAUUCGCUUAACCAGUCCUACACCGAAUGUAUCAAGAAUCUUCUAAAGUCGGACUUCUGUAUCGGGAUCAUCGGUGGGAAACCUAAACACUCGCUUUUUUUCAUCGGCUUUCACGAUGAGCAGCUAUUGUAUUUAGAUCCACAUUACUGCCAGCUGGUGGUAGACGUAACGCAAGAGAACUUCCCGCUGGAGUCCUUUCACUGUAACUCUCCCAGGAAGAUGAACUUUAACCGCAUGGAUCCCAGCUGCACUCUGGGCUUCUACGCUCGCACUCAAAAGGACUUUGAGUCUCUGUGUUCAUCCGUCACUCAGGCUCUGUCCCUGUCUGGAGAGCGCUACCCGAUCUUCACCAUCGUGGAGGGAAGGGGGCAGGAUUACGGCCUGGAGGGGUACAGCAGGGGAGGCACGGACCCCAGCGCACACAUCCUGCCCACCGACCCCGCAAUCAGGAACAGCGCUGAGGGAUUCGUGUUGCUGUGAAGGACCUGGACAUGUGGAGCUCAGAGCAGCUUCAAAACACACACGCACACACACGCACACACACACACACACUGCAGCUGGAACUAGAGCACGACACACUGCACUGCGUUUCUUUCUUUCUAAAAUUCUUUCUUUUCUGUCUUCAUCUCUUUCUUUGUUUAUCUAUCUAUCUUUGUAUCUCUCUCUCUUCCUCCCUCUAUUCCUCUCUCUCUCUUUCUCCAUCUCUCUCC